CCACAGUUGGUGUAUCUCAAAAAGCUCGUCGCCUCCAUAUUGGAAAGAGCUCGGCGCUGCCCCUCGUUUGUGUGCGUGUGGAACAGAAAGCUGGAUCAGGGGGUUAAUGACUAUCAUACUUUGAUUACAACACGGACAGCGUCGCACAGGAUACAGUUCUGGAACACGUUUAUCAUUUUUUUUCCUGUUUGUUGCCUUUUUUUGCGAACCUGCAAAAAGAACCCUUAAAAACUCAAUUCGAAAACAACAACAACAACAACAACGAGGCGAGGUUAAGAACGCCAGCGGUUGUGUUUGUAUUACUGUUUUCUUUUUAAUGGUAUUUUGGGCUUGUGUGCAGUUUGUGAGUCUGGAAUUUAACGUUGUGCGCAAAGGGGGGCCUGGCCUUAUUCGUACGUCGACGCUUCGUAUUUGGUUACCGUUGUUAAUGACGGAUUGGCAAAGAGUAACGCUAACACCUUGCAUUCUGAGAAUAAUCAUAAGUGAAUUAAAAAACCAGAACAUUCGGUUUCCAUGGACAACACGUCCAUUAUUACCCAAGUUACAAACCCAAAGGAGGAGGAAAUUAUUUCUUCGAGUCAAGAAAAAGUUUCUCAAUCUAAUACCAGUUUGAAAAAGCAGAGAAGUAGAAGUAUCUUCAGCACUUUCUUUUGCUGCUUUCGCAACUAUAAUGUGGAACCACCAUCAACUAACAACAAUACAACUUCCCUUCCUCCACCGGUGGAAGAAAAUGGGACAUUGUCCAAGUGUGACCAGGUGCAGGUCAUUCCCAUCCCCAGUCCUCCAGCAAAAUACCUCCUACCUGAAAUGAACAUAUCAGACUAUGGCAAGAAGUGUGUUGUAAUCGACUUAGAUGAAACUUUGGUUCACAGUUCUUUUAAGCCUAUUAGCAAUGCCGAUUUCAUAGUUCCUGUAGAGAUAGACGGGACUGUCCAUCAGGUAUAUGUUUUAAAGCGGCCACAUGUUGAUGAGUUCCUGCAGAAGAUGGGGGAAUUAUUUGAAUGUGUUCUGUUUACUGCCAGCCUAGCAAAGUAUGCAGACCCAGUGGCUGACCUUCUAGAUCAAUGGGGUGUUUUUAGAGCUAGACUCUUCAGAGAAUCCUGUGUUUUCCACAGAGGAAAUUAUGUCAAAGAUCUUAGUCGAUUAGGAAGAGAACUUGGCAAAGUUAUUAUAGUGGACAAUUCUCCUGCAUCCUACAUCUUCCAUCCUGAAAAUGCAGUUCCUGUUCAGUCCUGGUUUGAUGACAUGACAGAUACAGAACUUCUAGAUCUGAUCCCUUUUGAAGGGCUAAGUAAAGAAGAAGAUGUUUACAGUGUGCUUCAAAAUUUGAGAGGCAGGUAGCAGAGUCUGUGCCCUGUCAUUUCUGAUUACCCUGCCAUUUGGGGUCCAUGACUCCAUGACCACAGUUGGGAAGGCCUCUGGAAUCUGUCCUUCCUUCAGGUAAUAGCCCUGAACCUUUCUGUCAGGAAACCUGGAAAUCAACUCAAGUCUCAAGUAUUUGGUGCUUCUUACGAAGUCUAAGCAUGAAGGGUGGUUGUUGGCUUUUGUACCUAUAAGCUGAACUCCUAUGGUUCUUCCAAUUAAAACCAAGGUAAACAAAUGUUUGCGGCUGUUUCAGCUUUCAAGAGAAAAAUCGGCUGGAAAUUAAACCUGAACGGAGAAAGCAUUUGAUAAAUGCUUAAGAGUUAUUUGUUGGGGAAACACUCUGAAUCUUUUUACAUCAUUGUGAUAUGGACAAAAUUACUAUCAUGUUACCAACUUUCUAUUUACCAAAAAGGAAAAAAUAUAUAUAUGUUUUGGUUGUUCUCUGAUUAGAGAUUUUUUUUUUUUGCCUCCUUGUUCCCUUUUAAUCCCAUGCUGUUACUAUGCAGGCUGUCUCUCCUUGAUCUAUAUAGUUUACCAGACUUCUUUUCUUCACUCUGAAUGAAGUGCCUUUUUUGAAUGUUAUUGAUUUUAAUGAAAAAAAGUUACAUUUUCUACACAGCAUAUUUCCAGAGAACUUAUCUUUUAAAGACUAUAUGAUUUAAAAAUAAAUGAGGAGAAUAGAGUCUUUAUAAAGCACUGUUAUUUAUGAUAAAGAAUCUUUUGUAACUAUGGACUCUGGGUAUAUGUCCACAAAAUACUCUGAAAUUGUGUUUCUUUAAAUUGGCUUGUGAUGUUAUUUUAAAGUGAUAAUUUUAAGAAUAUGCAGUUGUUUGUUACUAUAUCCUUAUUUUGUUUAUUCAGGAACACAUUUGCAAUUGUGUGUUGUGAAACACUAUUGUUUGCAAAAUGAGUGCCAAUAACUUUGCGUUAAAGUGCUAAUCUUUAAUCUCUAAUACCCAAAAAAGUAUUAUACUAAAAGUGCCACUUGGUUGCCAUGUUCGAAAUUGUUAUUCAGAAAUGCAAUAUUACCUUUAGAUAUGUCUAAGUGUUAAAAAGCCCCUUUAUUUAAAAUCAUAUGAACAUCAUACCUUUCAGAUGGGCAACAACAGUUUUAGUUAGGGCCACAGUAUUAGUGCACAAUUGCAAAUGUAUCCUUAUAAUGUUUUGGUAAUUUUAAGUAUUCUUUUUAUGUUGUGGAUUUAUUUUACUGUUUUAAAAAUGAUUCUCCCAGCUGGUGUAGUUGAUACAGCUUUUUCAAAGUCCAUAGUUUUAUUGCCCAACUCCUCUUUUUUUUUUUUUUUUUUUGUGACUGAAAGAAUCACUUAGUGGAGCUGACCGCCGGCAGAUUAAACUGUUCCUCACCACUGUGCCUACGCCUGGACAACAUACCAUCACUGAAUGCUGCAAAUUUGAGCAAUAACUAUGAGGGGGCAUACUGGUUGACUGUACUCCUACUACUGGAAUGUUUUUCAGUCAUCUUUUAUUUACUAAUGUAAUUUUAAAUUAUUUUCAGACUCAUUGUUGUGACAGGUGUAUCCUCUGCAGUGGUUCAGUAAAGCUCUGCUACGAGCAGUUUUUCCAUCUUGUAAGAUAUUUUAAAGCCAUAUAAUGUUUUAAGGAAAAAGUACAUAAAGUGUCUAUUGGUAAAUAUUAAAUGCAGUAAUCUGUUCCAGGCAGGGUAUCUUCUGUGUCUGAAUAGUAUGGGGUCCAUAGUUUGGUUCUUUGCUCUUCCAUGUAUUAAUUAUUUAAACCAAGAAAUGAACUGUAUGAUGCAACUUCAUAAGUAAGUUUCUCUUAUACUUUAGAAAUGGCUCAUACAUCUCGAUGUAUAGUUUACUUAGAGUUCUAAAUUGAUAUUGCAGGAUUAUAUAUGUUGCAUUACUUUUUCAGACAGUGAACUAAAAUAGUGAAAAUUAGUGUUGUAUGCAAUUCUGUUUCACCCCUGGGGGAUUAUUAGCAUGUUCAACAUCUUGCUGCAGGGCAAAUUUUAAUAUGUGGUUUUAUCUAAUUGAGGUCAGCAAAAAUCAACAUCAUUAAAUUUGAGCAGUAUAUACUGUAAGAUAUGUUCUGAUUUCCUAGUCUACACUUUGAAGAUUAUUAAGUGCUAUUUUUUAAUCAUACCCUUGAAUCAAUAAUUAUGCCUUUUAAACUUAAAGCUGCAAUUAAGAUGAAAUAUUAAAUGAUUUGAUGUUACUGUUGCUAAAUAUUACCAGCCAGCUUCAGAAAAACAGCAAAAACUGUAUCUUGGUGAACAAGUAGUUAAUAAUGUAUACCAAAAAAGAUAUGACACUGUCUUUCACAAACACAAGAAUAUUACUCUUUAAUUUUGGAGGACCCUUUAAAGUAAUUUAGAUCCUGUGUGUGGCGGGGGGUGUGUAUGUACAUAUGUACAUACAUACAUAUGUUAAACAAUUGACACAGUAUUGGUGGCCUGUAGGAGAGCUUUACUGGUUCUCAUAUUUGCAGCAUAUUUUCAGUGAAGUGUUACACAGUUUUUGUGGCAUAUAUCCUUCAGACGACAUGCGAUUAUUAAAGCACCUUUCUUAAAAACAAAUUUUUGUAAGGGUUUUUUAUGUCUAAUUUUACUGUAGUUCAUAUUGCUGAAAUAAAAACUAAUCAAAACAUUUGAAA